GGCUGACCCCAAUGCGAUAUCCCAAUACAGAUACUGCCCUUUGAAUCUUUAACCCCAUUCCUUCCCUGCAUCGUGAUUCUUCGCGGACACUGCCAUUACCUGGAUACCAACGUAUCGCAACUAUGGAAGCCGAAAAUCCCAUCGUCCUCCCAGGGGACACAAUCGACCCUUCCCUAAUACCCACACACAAGAAGUUGCCUCUCCGUCUCGGCCCUGGCCUCCGGCACAUCCCCCCCAGUGUCAUCGUGCCCACCAUGGCCGGCCAGCUGGUAACCGACCGCAAGAAGAAUUCCAUGUGGGUAGAAUACAAUGGCGGCCGAUACGUCCCCUCCCAAGGCGACCUCGUAAUCGGGCAGAUCCACCACGGCGGCGCCGACACCUACUACGUCUCCCUCGCGCCGCACACCCCCAACGCGACGCUCCCGCAGCUGUCGUUCGAGUCGGCCACCAAGAAGACGCGCCCCGUCCUGGCCGCCGGCCAGCUCGUCUACGCACGCGUCGCCCUGGCCAACCGCCACAUGGACGCCGAGCUCGAGUGCGUCUCCGCCGCCACGGGUCGCGCCGACGGCCUGGGGCCCCUGGUCGGCGGCUGCGCCUUCCCCAUCUCGCUCGGCCUGGCGAGGAGGCUGCUCAUGGCCCCGCGGCAGGCCGGUGGCGGCGGCGGUGGUGGUGGUGGUGGUGGGGUGGAGGUGCUGGAUAUUCUUGGCGCCGAGGGGCUGGCGUUCGAGACGGCGGUGGGGAGGAAUGGCAAGGUUUGGGUGGGUAGCGAGGACACGAGGACUAUUGUGCUGGUGGGGAGGGCGCUGAAGGAGACGGAUGAUGGCAAUUUGGACGUUGAGGCGCAGAGGAAGAUGGUGAGGAGGCUGCUGAAGGAGACGAGGUGAUGCUGGAGCCGAGUACCUACCUACCUAAGUUUUCGUAUUUGGAAGGGGGAAACGCAGCUCCUGGCUCAGUAUGCGGUUGGAUGGCUGGUUGCCGUCAGGGCAUUAAACCCUGCGAUGCGCAUUUAGAAGCCUGAGAGGAGGAGAGGACGCUGGCGCAUGCUGUCACUGGGAGACGGCUGAGAAAGCGACUUGUUCACCGCAUUAGAAGUAGAGAGUGAGGACACAUAUACCCCAGGAAGAGUUAUUGGGAUAAGAUGCAGGGUAAGGCAUCUAUGUCGAGUUAUUCUUACCGUGUAUUUUAUACUGGGACGCUUUGAUCUGCUCUUACAAGAGCAUGAAUAGAGCUGAAAAAAAGAAAAACAAUAUACCCCAG